UGGAGGUUUCCAGAAGCGCCGCCACCACCGCGUCGCGCAGCUGCAAGGCCGCUCGGCUGCUUUUUCUGCCGCCUCGUUUUUUUGCCUGCGACUCUCCGCCAUGAUAAGUGCCAGCCGAGCUGCGGCCGCUCGUCUCGUGGGCGCAGCUGCCUCCCGGGGUCCCUCGGCCGCCCGGGCGCAGGAUGGCUGGAAUGGCUUUAGUCAUGAGGCCUUCAGAAUUGUUUCAAGGCGGGAUUAUGCAUCAGAAGCAAUUAAGGGAGCAGUUGUUGGAAUUGAUUUGGGCACUACAAACUCCUGUGUGGCAGUCAUGGAGGGUAAACAAGCGAAGGUGUUGGAGAAUGCUGAAGGUGCCAGAACCACCCCUUCAGUUGUGGCCUUCACAGCAGAUGGUGAGCGUCUUGUUGGCAUGCCAGCCAAACGACAGGCUGUCACUAACCCAAACAACACCUUCUAUGCCACCAAACGUCUCAUUGGCCGACGCUACGAUGACCCUGAAGUGCAGAAGGACAUUAAAAAUGUCCCUUUUAAAAUCGUCCGUGCCUCCAAUGGUGAUGCCUGGGUUGAGGCUCAUGGAAAACUCUAUUCUCCGAGUCAGAUAGGAGCAUUUGUGUUAAUGAAGAUGAAAGAAACUGCAGAAAAUUACUUGGGACACGCGGCAAAGAAUGCUGUAAUCACAGUCCCCGCUUAUUUCAAUGACUCGCAGAGACAGGCUACUAAGGAUGCUGGCCAGAUAUCUGGACUAAAUGUGCUUCGGGUGAUUAAUGAACCCACAGCUGCUGCUCUGGCUUAUGGUCUAGACAAAUCGGAAGAUAAAAUCAUUGCUGUAUAUGAUUUAGGUGGUGGGACAUUUGAUAUUUCCAUCCUGGAGAUUCAGAAAGGAGUAUUUGAAGUGAAAUCCACCAAUGGGGACACCUUCUUAGGUGGUGAAGACUUUGACCAGGCUUUGCUACGACACAUUGUGAAGGAGUUCAAGAGAGAGACAGGAGUUGAUUUGACCAAAGACAACAUGGCACUGCAAAGGGUGCGAGAAGCUGCUGAGAAGGCCAAGUGUGAGCUUUCCUCAUCUGUGCAGACUGACAUCAACUUGCCGUAUCUUACCAUGGAUGCUUCUGGACCCAAACAUUUAAAUAUGAAAUUGACCCGGGCUCAGUUUGAGGGCAUUGUUGCUGAUCUCAUCAAGAGGACUAUGGCUCCAUGCCAGAAAGCUAUGCAAGAUGCAGAAGUUAGCAAGAGUGACAUAGGAGAAGUGAUUCUUGUUGGUGGAAUGACUAGGAUGCCCAAGGUUCAGCAGACCGUGCAAGAUCUUUUUGGCCGAGCCCCAAGUAAAGCUGUCAAUCCUGAUGAGGCUGUGGCUAUUGGAGCUGCCAUUCAGGGAGGUGUGUUGGCUGGUGAUGUCACAGAUGUGCUGCUCCUCGAUGUCACGCCUCUGUCUCUGGGCAUUGAGACUCUGGGAGGUGUCUUCACCAAACUUAUUAACAGGAACACCACAAUUCCAACCAAAAAGAGCCAGGUGUUUUCCACUGCUGCUGAUGGACAGACUCAAGUGGAGAUUAAAGUAUGUCAGGGGGAGAGAGAGAUGGCUGCAGACAACAAACUUCUUGGACAGUUCACUUUGAUUGGAAUUCCCCCAGCACCUCGAGGAGUCCCUCAAAUUGAAGUUACAUUUGACAUUGAUGCCAAUGGGAUUGUGCAUGUGUCUGCCAAAGAUAAGGGCACAGGACGAGAGCAGCAGAUUGUAAUCCAGUCUUCAGGUGGAUUAAGCAAAGAUGACAUUGAAAAUAUGGUUAAAAAUGCAGAGAAGUAUGCUGAGGAAGACCGUCGAAAGAAGGAACGGGUUGAAGCAGUUAACAUGGCUGAGGGAAUCAUUCAUGAUACAGAAACCAAGAUGGAAGAAUUCAAAGAUCAGUUGCCAACAGAUGAGUGCAACAAGCUAAAAGAAGAGAUUUCCAAAAUGAGGGAGCUUCUGGCUCGAAAAGACAGCGAAACAGGAGAAAACAUUAGGCAGGCGGCGUCUUCCCUUCAGCAGGCAUCACUGAAGCUCUUUGAAAUGGCAUACAAAAAGAUGGCGUCCGAGCGAGAAGGCUCUGGGAGUUCUGGCACUGGAGAUCAAAAGGAAGAUCAAAAGGAGGAGAAGCAGUAGUAACCAUAAAUUUUUGAAGCCCAAAGGACAGCAUACAAUGAAGCUUGGGAGUAAAGGGGCUUCCUGAGCAGAAAUGAGCAAACUUCAGUCUUUUUACUGUGUUUUUGCAGUAUCCUAUAUAUAAUUUCUUAAUAUAUAAAUUCAGUGACUGUUAGCGAAUGAUCAUUUAAUGGUGAUAAUUGCAGCAGUACAGCAUUCACAAUGUUUUGUCCCUAGCCCAUUGUUACUUAGCUGCAUGCACUAGAAGAAGCAGUACAGUUUGUUGAUCAGUAUGAAGAUUUAAUAUUGUCCUGUGUGUUCAAAGGGUGAAACCUCUCACAACAGAGCCAGAGAUCUAGAACAAGCCUUCUGGAGAUGAGAUCUUUGAAGUUAUGAGUACUGCUGUGCUGGCCUCUGUAAAUGGAGUAACUUGGGGCUGACUAAGGAAGCCAGUGGCUGUGCCAUGAUUGUAAAUGGGUGAGACAGAAGAAGCUACAAUGGCAGUCUGCUGUUUAUGUUAGGUAUGCAUUUGAAACAAGGUAGUGAUGAGGCUCCCUAACUUCGCUUAAGGUAUACUUUUCUACCUACCAUGGGUCUGUGUUAGCACCUCCAUCCCUAAAAAUUGAUCUUUUAGAUCCACUGAUUUUUUUUUUUUUUUUAAUAAAUAUGAAACAUGG